AUGGUGGAAACCAAAGACGAUGCGAGCCUGGCGGUGCAGCAAACUGCCGCUGCGACUCCAUCGGCACCUUCAUCUGCGGUGACAAGCAGUGCCGAAAAAUGUGUGGAUGUCAACGCCUUGGUACAAAAAGAACAUAACCCACCAGCACCAUACGACACUGAUCAACCCCUUCAGCGCUCCACAGUCCACGACGACACUGACAUCGACAUAAUCUGGCACAAUCUCCACGCAGACUCUGAUUUCACCGCCUUUCGUAAGAAAUCAGAUGGGCCCAUGGAACGCAUAUUGGUGGAUUUUGCGCGUGUAGUGGAGGCAGGUGUCUUUGAGGAGGUAGUUAGUGUCACUGCUUCCAAGUAUAUGUUUAAUGUCACAGUGGUGUGUAGUAAGGGGUGGGAUGAGGUCUCUGGGUUUAUCGGAGCAAUCCUUUGA